CUUUGCUCUGGCGCUUAAUAUCUACCUAACAGAUCUCAACAAUAUUCAAAAUCGUCGCGUAGGUACAGGCGUAUUUUGUGUUGCCUAACCAGCUUCCCAGUUCCAGUGCAAAUGCGAAUUUGCUGAAUGCAGCCAACCAACGAAGGAAUUUUUUAUGGUUAUCUACAAUUUACAAGAAAGUCACAAUCUCUGUUAUGUCAUUUUCCUGUACAUUUGGCCCCAUUUUCACCCUUAAAUAAGAGUAUGGGAACAGAGGUGGAUAAAGCGCAACAUGCAAAGUGGAGCAAGAAUGAAACCACUAUCUUUGAUAAAAUAAUACAGAAGCAGAUACCAGCCGAGAUCAUUUACGAAGAUGAUCAUUGCCUUGCCUUUAAUGAUGUAAAUCCACAAGCUCCCACUCACUUUUUGGUUAUACCAAAAAAGCGAAUUCCGUUGCUUGAUGCAAGCGAAGAGUGUGAUAAAGAGCUUCUGGGAACAUUGAUGUUAACUGCUAAGAAGUUGGCUCAGGAACGACUACCAAAUGGUUAUCGAUUAGUUAUUAAUAAUGGUGUUGAUGGAUGUCAGUCCGUUUACCAUCUGCAUGUUCAUAUUUUAGGAGGGCGACAAAUGUCGUGGCCUCCUGGUUAAGAAUAGAAAAGUUGAUAUCUAGUACAUGUACCUAUGUAAAUUGUUGGUUUAACAAUACAUUAAUCAGCACUAA